AUGAAAAGAUUGGACCGUAUUGUUGAGUAAGAUCCCCUCAAGUUCAAGAAAUUCGAUGGUGGUGGAGGUGGAAAAUCUUCAAAGCUUCUCUACCUAUUCCUAGUUGGAGUUUUUGUUCUACUGAUACUCUCAUUUGUAUUCUAUGUGCUUGCUUAUAUGACUAGUGAUUCUGAUCCAGAGCCAGUUGUUUAGACUAAAAAUAAUCCUAACAACGCUGAUGAUGAUGACGAAUAUUCAAAUGAUCUCCCUCCUCCAGUUGUUAGAGGUGAUGUAUUCUCAGAUAGAAGCAAGAUAGCUGACUCCUUAACUAAAGUAUAAGUUGGUCUUAGAAUAAUGCCUUCCUAAAAUGAUGAAUAAGGUAUUAUUAUGAUGCAUUGGACCGAUGAGUAAAAUGCUUAAGAGAAAUAACUGGGAGAUAAAGUAGACUUAGGUGAUCAUUAUUUCUUGUUUUAAGACACUUAAUUCUAUUUCCCAGUGCUCAAGUAUAACCCUGACUAUGUUCCAUUUGGAGAUGCUGCAUCAUUCUGUAUUCAUUUGCAAUGGAUCAAGAGAGAUAUGCGCAGAAUGUAUGAUAUGUACAAGACAGUCUAGGGUUUCCCAACUUGCCAAAAUGCCAUAAAUCCUAAGUUUAGAUGGUAAGCUGAAGACCCUAAAACUGGAGUCGAUUUUAAAGUUUGGAGCCAAGAAAAGUUUGAUGCAGGUUCAGAAAGUGAAUGCAGUUCAAUGGGUGGAGUGUAUAGAGCACUUAAAUUCGGAGAAGGAGGACGAUGCUAUCUUUAUAACAUAGUUAAGAGAAUAUGUCUCAUGGUAGCUUAUACUGAGCACCCAGAAACUGCUUCAUAUACAUGGGAAUACAGAGGUGGAUGUUAUCAAGGAGGUAGCAUUGCAGUCUAUGAAAGAGCUUACCCAGGUGAAGAGUACCACUUUGACAGCAUUCCAAUAGAAGUUAGAGAGGAUGAGAGUUUAUAUAACGCUUUAGGAAAUGUUGAGGCAGAAGUUAACUCAACAGUUAGCCCUGUUUUUAAUUAUAUCUCUUACUUCUGCUUAUUCAUGGCUUUCGUUUCGGGUAUAUUAUUUGCAAUUUUCUUCUAUAAACAAUGGAAAGGGGAUGAUACUAACAUGAGACAUCAACCACAAGUCGACGAACAGUGA